ACUCUAAGGUGAGGCUAUCAUCCCUUAGUUUCGUGAAUAACUCCAUCUACACCUUGGGAGUCAACUACCAAGUCUGAAAUGAUAGAUUUAGUUAGAGAUCUCAAUAAUUUUGAUAUACAGGGGUUUCUACCUUUGUUACACAACGAUAGUGUGAUCGGAUAUGUUAACGAUCAGUUCAAACAGUUGUUGAACACUCGCCCAUUUACCAUCACAGAUGAGGCUGUUGUUUACACUCAUAGUAAUGUAGAAGAGGAUACGAUGCUCAUAAGGAAGUAUUUCGAAAUGCUUAGAGAUAACGCAGAAACCCCUAGAGAAAUCAGGAACGAAUUAAAAGGCUGGCGAAACGAAGAAUACGGUGUUUACAGUUCAGAUAACAUCCUACUGUUUAGACUUGAGAGGGCAGCUGCAGGGAUACUCGGAAUACCGACUUAUGGCAUACACCUUACAGCCUACACUGAUAACUACAAGAUUUGGAUACCUAGACGCUCAUACAACAAACAAACAUACCCAGGAAUGUUGGAUAAUACCGUAGCAGGCGGGAUCGCCUUCGGAGAUAGUGUCAUACACACAGUAAUCAAAGAAUGCGAAGAAGAAGCCAAUUUACCAGCAGAUACGAUUAACAAUGGCAUCAAAAGUACAGGUGUUGUCACCUAUUUUUAUCAGAAGAACGACAUCUUUGCUCAACCAGAAAUACAGUACAUAUUCGACCUGCAAUUACCAGAUGAUGUCAUACCAAAACCCAACGACGGUGAAGUCGAAAGUUUCAAGCUCAUGGAUGUUGCUGAAAUAAAAGAUGCUUUACUCUCUCGCCAAUUUAAACCGAACUGCGCACUCGUCAUGAUAGAGUUCUUCAUGAGACACGGAAUAAUCACACCGGAUAUAGAGGAAUACGUUGAAUUAAGUCAAAGUAUGCAUCGUCAGCUGCCAUUGUCGAACAUUUUCACGCCAAAGCAUCGAGAAAGGAGCUAAAAAGUAUUAAAGGUACAUUAAAUUGUCCACAUUCCUCCUCCUUCUAAAUGGAUAGACUAAAUCGAUCUUGCUUUGUACGACUUUGUUGAAUCUAACGCUCAUCUUCUGUUGUAUGCUCUCAGAGAGUUGGUUGAAUAGUGUCUCACCUUCUAUGAAAUCGUCAAGGUCUUCGCUCUUCGAUCUCGCGGUAAUUGUGAGACUGUUUACUAGACGCUGACUGACAACGGGUGUGUAUGGUGCCAGUGUAGGUAGAAGAAAGCCAACUAUUGUGGUAACUUUCUCGGUGAAGAGUCCACUCGAGAGUAACGCAGCUGAGAGUCCUUCGACGAUGUUUGGUGCUGGCAGGAUACCAACGUUUGUGACUUUCUCCUCGUUGACGUUCGCCAGUUGGAGAAGAGGAGGGUUCUCACUGUCUGAUUCAGGCAAAUAUAUUGUCGUGUUUGGGUAUCCGUCAAUUAUGACGACGGUGGAUGGCUUUAACGCAUCGAGUAUUGUUCUACUCACUUGUUGUGUCAAUUCUAAAACCGGUUGUGAGGGGAUAUAGAGUACAUUUGCAUCAUUCUCGCUGAGCGAUAAGAGAAGUGCGAUGAUUUGUUUGUCAGCUACCAAUUCGUUUGAUACCUCUUCAAGUGACAUUCUGUUGAUGAGAUUACGUCCAACUUCUCCAAUAGCGACGAUAAGUGGUUUGUAAUGUACAGAAGCCUCUAUAGCAUGCUUAAACUGUACAGUUAUAUCAAAGCUCUCAGGCUUUCUUGACUGCUGACCAAGAUAUACACCAUGCAUAUCCUCAUCUUCCUCGUCAGAAUCUAUCUGAUGUCUGAACGGUCUAUUCUGUCCCAGUGGAUCACUUUCCAUAACGUCGACGUUGAGUGUUGUAAGCAAGCCCCGAGAAGUACGCCAUAUAAUGAAUAACAAACAUCUCUUAUUAAAUGUUAGUAAAUAUUAGAGCAAAGAAUACUCCAAAUUUGGUAUAUACACCUUGAUCAUCAGCAAUGAGCACGGCCUUAUCACCAUUCAAUGCUUCAGUUACUAGAGUGCUCGAACUGCAGGGAUUUCCCUCAGAGUUAAAGACGAAGGAUAUACAAGGAUGUUUUGCAAAGUGGGAAGAUGUACGUAUUAAGUGGGUCGACGAUACAACUGCGUUGGUGAUAUUUACAGACGCUGUGAAUGCUAAACGGGCGUACCUCCAUAUGAUCGCUCACCCACCAGCGACAUUGACGAAAGACACGGACUUCAAAAUAAAGCCAUACGAUAAGGAAGACAGUCAACAGAUUAUACACCAGGUUUAUUCACGUCACCAGCCACGUCGUCAGUCCGUCAGUCACGCACAUCAACACUCCCAUCAAUCAUCGACUGGGGCCAUAGGAAUUGGAUUGGCAGGCGGACCCGUAGCCCAGCCACCACCUGCUGCAAACCAUGCGAGAAGACCAUCAGAGAGUCUCCCACAAUACAACCUCGAGUCUCAGUUCGGUUUACCCCCUUUACACAAGCAGCAGUCCUUGCAGACACUCAUUAGUUCCUCUAUUCCUUUUAACGUUCCAAAUCCAGAAGAGUUCAGCGUACCAAACAGGGAGGACUUUCAACCCCCACCUUCAACUUCCACGGCCAUACCUAUCGUAAAACCAGACCACGAACAAGAACCAUUAGACCCAAAAUCUGAACCUUUUGUACCAAAC